CGUACAAACCUCCGCACCACCGCUUCGACAAGAGCUCUUAUGUCUACCUCUACCAUAACCCAAUGCAGCAGCGUGGGCGCAUAGAAAUAGCGAACCAUGCUGGGACACCCGAGCAGGAUGCCUUCGCGGGCUGUAAGUCUAGAGUAGGAAGACUGAGCAUAUUGAGUUGGGCUGACUAGGAAUUCCCAUCCAGAUCUGGACACGGUCAAGAUAGAACAGACGUACAAGCACCCGUGCUUAUUUACCCUCACCGUCGAUACCUUCCGAGGCCAAAAUGGAAGCGCCGGCCCAAGCCCACAGCAAGAUAUGUCGCAGUGGCACCUACCCGCGCUUGAUCCGAGGAAUGAUGGGAAGUACAUGUACCGGCUACACACACUGGAGAUUUACUUCUGGACACCGGAUGACGCUGGCUUAUUUCUGGACUCGCUACGGAGAGUAGUGCAGCCGCAGCAGCUACAGGUCGUGGCCAACCCUCAAGCUGCAUCACCAUCCGAGCACAAGAACGAUGUGAUGAAUCCAGUGGUUGCGAAGCUGGAGAAGGCAGCCAUAUCGCAUUCUAGUCGGAGCCCGAGCAUUAGCACUACUCAGUCCUUCCCUGGCCCUCCAGCAGGCCCGGCUCCUACCUCGAGUCCUCCUGCAGCCGAUGCUAACUACACACCAAUGGCCUACAAUCCUGCGGCUCCAGCUGCACCUGAGCCCAUUGCUCACCGAGAAAAGACGCCGCCUCCGCCUGAUGCCGCCGACGGAACUGGGCUCGGGGCAGCAGCGAUGAACGACCACCAUGCUCAGCCGUUUGGUAACCCGCUGCAACAAUCGUUCGUACCUCAGACAACAUCGCAACCGUACAUUCCGGGCCCUCCCUCACGGACGCAAACCUUCUCCGGGCCUCCUACCCCCGGGAUCCAGCGUACCGCGACCACUGGCUCUAUCCCGCCUCCACCCCAAAGCCCCCCAUCAUACGCGCCGCCCCCGGCUGGUCCACCUCCGGGUCAGUACGACCAGCAAGGUACACCACAACCAGGAAUCCAGCGUCAGUCGACCAUGCCGGUCCAGCAGUACGCAAACUACCCCGGCUCCCCUGGCUACCCUCCGUCUGUGAAAUCUCCUGGAGCGCCUGGUCACUCACCCUUGCCGUCGCCUAGUUACGCGCCUCAGCAGUACCAACCUCUUGCGUCUCCACCUCCGGGAGGCUACACGCAGUAUCAGUACGGUAGUACUACGCAACAGACGCCGGGAACGGAUCCAUAUGCCAUGCAUCAACAGCUGUACAGACCAACGGAGCAAGAAGCUAGUGUACACGAGCACACUGCGCCUGGACAGCAACGCAACUCCAACAUGGGCCGCCGAGCGGAGAAAGUAGAGAAGGGUGUUGGGAAGUUUCUAAAGAAGCUGGAUAAGAAGUUCUAGUUCUAGUUAAUACUUAGCAUCGCAGCGAGCGGCUCUAGGAAUUGAAUUUGACGAAUUGACGGAUGCAGUAUGUAAAUGUUUAAAUCAUGGAAUAUAUACCCUUCUCGUAGUAUAUUAUCGGGCCUCUUGCGGGAGGGGAUUCUCCGGGUUUAAAGGCUCGCCGUACGGAUAAAAUUGCUCGCAUGGCUAGCUAUACGUGCCAUUGUACGCAUCUGCGAAGGCGUCCGGGGCGGCUGUUACGUGCAUCGUUGUAUCUAGACAAAUCCACAUUGCGAGAGAGCGCGGCUGAGCCUCGGUGGAUGAAUGGCUGGCCCACAGUGCAGGAUCCAAUCAGAG